AUGUUCACUCUCAGCCAGCUUUCCGUCUUCACCUUCCUCCUGUCUCUGUUCGCGGUCGUCAGUGCUCUCCCGCUUGCGCUUCGCGAUGUUUUCGUGCCUCCAGUCACCUACCCUCACGCGGGCACGGUCUGGAAGGUCGGCCAACACCACAACGUCACUUGGGACACCACGAACGCCCCCGUGAACAUCACCAACAAGGUUGGGAUGAUUGUGCUCGCCAAGGGUGGCCUCCUUCAAGAUCUCUCCAACCCCUUGGCCAAAAACUUCAGCAUCUUGGAGGGCCGCCAUGAGAUCCAAGUCCCUAAUGUAGCCCCCGGCGACGACUACACCAUCGUCCUGUUCGGCGACUCUGGGAACGACAGCCCCACCUUCACCAUCACCGCCUAA